AACUGCUCACAACAAGGUCUGUGGAUUAUCUUGAAUAUUUGGGUCAUGAUUUCUGGACAGAGACAUUGCUGUUGAGUUUCUGAAAUACAUUUUUUUGGGGCAGAUUGAACACUGCAGGCCAGUCUAGUUCUAUAUAUUGGACAGAAGGCAGACAUCUCUACAGCCAAUAUCUCCAGCACUCAGCAACUAACAAGACUGCACUACAGGUAAAAUGUUGGGGUGAACUGUCUCUUUAAAUAUGACUAAUGCAGCAAAUAUUAAAAUAGGCUUAUAAGACUUUAUUAAUCCCACACUGGGGGAAAUCAGAAGAAAAGAAUAAAGAGAAGAGAACAAAGGAAAAAAUGAGUAAAGUGCUGAAUAGGAUAAAAAUAUGCUAAAAUACAAAUAAGAUCAAAUAAAGAUAAAUUAAUAUAAAAUCUGUCUUCACCUUUCACUCAUACAGAUAUUAUAUGUCCAUGACUGAUAGUUGCACAGGGUAUAUACUGUAUCACACACACGCUGUGUCGUAUUUCUUCACUGUCAAUAUGUAGAACUAUUUAACUGUUGUUGCACACAUAACUCUAGAUGUUACCAGUGUAUUGAACUGAAAUAUACAAAAGCAUCCUUUCCAGUUGUUUUUGUCUUCAAUCACUGCACGCUGGAUUUGUCUGAUUUGCUUUAAUUUCACGUGAGUAAAUAAAAAAAUCCAGAGAUUUAGCUUGUGUUUCUCGUUCAGACGGCUGUGUGUUCAUGUUCACACUGUGGUUUCAGUCUGAGGUUUUCAGGUGAGAAAAACACUCGAAGUAGAGCCAACAGCAUACAGUCAGUGUCAGUGCUGCUUACCAACCUGAGCAUGUGUGAUAUCUGCUGUUAUUAUAAAUGAAGUCUACAGUGAACUGGAUGUUUCAGUCAGAUUCUGUGGAGUCUGAAGUUUGUGUGACAGAAAAUCUUAAUAAACAGUUUCACCUAUAUUUGGUGUCUUCAGCAUGAAGCACUUCACAAAUGAAAAGCAGCACUUUGAGCUGUUUUUCUUGAACUGAACCUUUAACCUUUUGAAUGUCAAAUCUUAUAAUGAGCUAAUUUCAUGCUUGAGGUCUCUUUUAUCUUCACAUGAACACACACCUUGUUUCACUUCUGGGUUUUCCCUGUAAAGCUUUUGAAGUUAGAAGCGGAAAAUAACCAGUGAAAGGAAAUCACAAAAAGCUUGAAAAAGCCUCCGUCUCUGCUGAUUUUUCCUCAAACACAGUCGACACAGGGACUAUGAACAUCAGCAACCAGCCAAAUGAGGAGAGACCUCUUUCACACUGACAGUGUAAGUUUGUUUUAUAAACUUUAAAGACAGAUCAUGUGCAUUUACUGUCAGUUUAGAGACAGCAGUGAAUGUAAUAUGGAUCGACUGUGUUUGCCUUGUUGUUCAUCAGCACAUUUUAAGUUACUGUAAAAACUCUUUGAAGUGUCGGACUUGUGGAAACAAAAUAAUGAGGUUGCUGUGAAGCUACGGUCAGCAUCUUUUUCAAAGUUAAAAACUGAUGCCACGCAGCAUGUUACAUGUCAGGUUGAUCACUUGAUUAUCUGCUAACUGCAGCAUGUUUAAUGGGAGCAGCUUCUCAGCACACUGACAUUUAAAGACUUUGUGGUGAUGAAAAACAGGCAACUUAUGUAGGGCACUGAAGUACUGACUCUAACGUUCAAAGUUUCUGCAUUUACCCAGAUACCACCAAACUAGGUCACUGGCCUCGUUAAGAUGUUUCAUUCUCACAGCAGAGAUCAUUCUAAUCAGAUGCAUCUCACAAGGCAAGCUGAGGAAGAGGAAGAUGUUACGAUGAAGAGAAAUGUGUCCUGAUAAGAAAACCUUAAAGCCAUUAAGAAGAAAAGCAGACGGCAUGAAAUUCUGACAGAACGUCUCCUGUCGGCAGAUGGCUGAGCUGCUGAGUCAUCCUGAGUGGGUUCUAAGAGAUUAAGAAAGAUGAGCUGAGAUGAAUCUCCCCUCACACCCCUGGAGAUUCGUUAUUAUACUCCUCUGUUUUUCCAUUGAGUGUUUCCCUCUGCUCCCUGCUGGCUGCCAGCAUUUAAACGUCCAUGGCCACAUGACAGUCGAACCAGCUCUGCCCUUCCUGUUGGGCUCAAACCUGACCGUGUACUGCCACGUCACAGACAUCGUAUCAUGUCACCGGAGUUUCAAAAUAUACCUGGAGCUGAACGAUGAGACUGUGAAUUCUUGGGAGAGAGUCAGCUGCACCUCGAUGAUAUUCAAUCUGUUCAAUGUCUGGAAGCCGCGAUCGAAAGUGAUCUGCAAGCUGAAGACUGAUCAGCUGCCUAAGAUCGUCGAUGGAAAGGACCUUCAUGGUGGACUCCCUCCAGAUAAACCUGAAAAUAUUACCUGUGAAACAUCACAGAGCUCAGAUUUUAUAGGCUGCUCAUGGGAGAGAGGACAGGAAACGUACCUCCCUACGACCUACAACAUUUCAGUCUACAGAGAAAAUGGGACCCAAAUACUGUCGGAUCAGAUCCAGGACGCUGGAGAAAUCACCAUACAGCGAGCAGCGAUAGACGAAAACACUACAUACCACUUGAAUAUCACCGCUUACAACCACUUAGGAGCAUCACGGUCUGAUCCAUUCUUCCUCUUUGUAAAGGAUAUAGUGAUACCGGAGAGCCCUCGUAUUGUGCAGGUAGAAUUUGGGAAUAACUCAGCGGCUGUGUUGCAAUGGGAAACAGCUGACUCCUCAGAGCAUCUCACAUCUGAUGUCAGGCUCCGCACAGAUAAAGGCUCCUGGGAAGUGGGAGCGGGAACAGAGCUCAGUGGGGGUCUGAUACGAGUUGAUGGUCUGAGGCCUCUGACUGAAUAUGAGUUCCAGAUGAGAACAUGUCACUCACCAUCAGGACGCACUAACACACCCAGGUUAACCUCCGGCAAAAGAUUGUCUUGCAGCAAAUGGAGCCCAUCCAUCAAAGGGACAAGUCCUGGAAAAGGUCCAUCUCAGCAGUUGCAUGUGUGGAGGAUGUUAGACGGCACGGUGACGAACCAGCAGCCGGAGGUGACUGUUCUGUGGAAGCCUCCAUCUCCAGAGGAUUACAGUGGAGCGUUACAUCAGUACAAGAUCUUUCUGGGUAAUGACCACAAACAGGAAGUGACCUGUCGUGCUGCUUUGAGUCAGUUUUCACUUCCAGUACCAGCCGAGGUCCGGGCACUGAGCAUCAGUGCUGUCACCUCGUAUGGGUCGUCUCCACCGGCUGAGGUGCCACUCAGACACUCAGGUGAUUCUGGACCUGUUCUGAGACAGCUGGCUCCUGCUCCUGCUGACAGAGCUGUGUUUGUCUCCUGGUCGUGGCGAGGGAACAAACACUGGUCGACAUCUGGAGACCUGCUGCUGCACUAUGUGUUAGAAUGGACAAGUGUACCUGCGGCCGCGCUGCAGUGGAAACAAGUGGCUAAAGAUCAAAACAGCACUUCCAUCACAGGUCUGACUGCAGGUGUGAGGUACAACAUCUCUCUGUACGCUGUGACCAGCAGAGGUGUCAGUGCUCCAUCAUCCAGGCUCGUCUACUCUGAAGAGAAGAAGCCUGUGUCUGGUCCCAGUUUGUCAAUACUGGCUCAUGAAGCCAGACAGAUCCACAUCCGCUGGGACGAGCUGCCUGUAGACAAGCGGAGAGGCUUCAUCACAAACUACACCAUCUACCUCCAGACGCUGGACUCUAGCAACACAAAACUCAGCGUGACGGUGUCUGCCGACGGCCCCAGACAGAUGUGGUUGGACUGUCCUGAAGGAGCUCUGGCUGUGCAGCUGACUGCAUCUACCUCAGCAGGAGAAGGGCAGCCGGGGAACCGGGUCUGCUCUCAGCCUGACACCCCUGCAGUCAGCCUGGUGAUUGUGACUGUUAUCGUCCUCGCUCUCUUCGUAGCGAUCAUAGCCAACCUGAUGUGCUGGAGCUGUGUGAGGGAAAGGAUCAAACAGACAUGUAUAUCCUGUGGACCUGCCUGCCUCGAUGAGAAGUUACCAAAACCAGGAAACAGUAAUGCAAUCAGACUGCUGGAGUACGGAAGUGAACUGUCCUUCUCGUCCUCCGACAGCGACCCGCCGCUGUCCCCAAUCAGUUUAGUCUCCCAGGAAGAGAGGGAUGAAAUCUACCCCAACAUCCACGUUGAAAUAUCUCAGCUUGAAUCGGGACAAUCCACAGCGGAGACACCUCUGCUAACGUCACAUCUCCAGACGAUGCUCGUCGACGGACAGCUGGAACACGUCAGCUACAAACCUCAGAUUGCUAUGGUGCUUCCACAAGGAGAGGAGGUGAAGGAGGCAGAAGAGGAGCAGAGGGAUGUACCCACUAGUGGGGAAGAAGACGGAUGUGUGUUUAGAGGAUUCCUGGGAGACUUUCUGUCCACUGUGGAGGUGGAUUGCACUGGUCCACCUGUGGGGCUGACUCUCAGCUCUGUUGGCGAACUUUUGUGGACCAAAACACCUGGAACAACAAGUUUCUUGAAUGGAGGCUUGUUAGUGGGGGCGAGGGAGACUGAGAACAACGUGGAAGCAGACUCACCCUCGCUGGAUUUACAGCAGGGUGAAAUAAUGAUGACUGACACAGAGGAUACUUGUUUAUCUCAGUAUACAGCCGACACAAUACUGACUGGUGGUUAUUUCCCCCAGAUAGCUGCUGUGAGCGACACUGAACUCUGUGACACAUAGAGGUGGCAGGGACGACGGGAAUGACACAAAGAGGACAAUCUGCACUACUAAACGGAUUUUAUAGAAAGCAUUAUAUUCAAGCACCACCUCAUUUCAAGUGAUGACCUCAGCGAAUUUGUGUAAUCGUAGAAAAUCAUGCUUCAGGUGAUCUGUGAUUAUCACUGUAUCAGGUCUGUUCAAACCAAGUUACUAAAUGGAUCAAAAAAUGUUUAUACUGAGUUUGAAUGUUUUUCCAGUAAGUGUGUAGCAAUAGUCAUUAUAGUUAUGUUGGCACCACUUUCUAUAACGACAUACUUUAUAAAGUAACUGCUGGUUUUGUUAAUGUUUAAUUCACCUUUUAAGAUCAGCUUUUCGUCAUUGUGGGAAAAAAUCCCUUUGACUUGUAUAUACUUCCUCCUGCCAAUCGAACUAAUCACCUCUUUGGUCCAGGCUGAAAUAUUUCAACAACUGUUGGUUGGAUUGACAUGAAACCUUUUCCAGACAUUCAUGUUCCUCAGAGGAUGAAUCCUACCAACUUUGGUGAACCCCUAACUUUUCAUCCGGCACCACCGACAGGACAAAGUUUUCCCUGUGAAAUAUCUCAACAUCUACUGGACAGAUCAGUGCAACAUUUUGUUUGGACAUUCAUGGUGCCCAGAGGAUGUAUCCUAAUGACAAAACACCUUAAGUUUUCUCUUUAAGCAUGACACUUAAGGCUUAAAUUCUCACAGAAUCCCUUAAAAGGUUUCUUUGUUAAAGAAAAAACAAUAAGUCAUUUGCUGCGUUAAAAGAUAUUUCACGGUGCUAAAAAUUUCAAUGGAGAUUGUUUGUUUGGACUCACACUUGUGACGCCUGUUAUCAUCUCACAAAGUUGGCUCAUAGUUAGAUAGUGAAAAACUGGCAAAAUAAAAGAAGAUGAGAAAACCAUAUUGGACAGAGGAGGAAAAGAUUAAAGUUCUGGAGGAAUACAAUCAUAGAAAGCACAAACUACAAAGUAAAUUUGAUCCCCAAAUACGAGAAAACGAUAGUAGCUUAUCCAUCAGGUUCUCCUGGUCGCAGAACACUCUUCUCAGGGUGUGUUAGUUUUUUCAUUUAUCAUCAUAAACAUGGUCAUGUUGCAGUUAAGACAGAGUCAGAGGUACCCAGGGGCGUCAUGCAACCCCAAAAUGUGAGGGGGCACAGUUUCUAUUGACGUGACGCGUCUGGAGGUACCUUAAGUUUAUUUUUACCUUGCUUUGGUUGCUAAGGUCUUUUGUGCAACGGUCUAGGGAUUCUUUAAGUAUAAGACCAAGACAAGGAGAAAACCAUAAAUACUAAAGUGAACAUCUUAAGGAAACCGUAAGGAAAAGACUUAAGAGUGUUUUGUGCAACUGGCCCCUGACUUUUAAUUUCAUGCCACUUGACCAUUUAAAUUUUUAAUAAAAUGUCUCAACAACUACUGGAGAGAUUGCCAUUAAAUUUGGUACACAUAUUCAUGUUCCCCUCAGUAGGAGGGAAUUACUAAACAGAUGAGGAAUGACCACAUAUACUUGCAAAACAACCACAAAAAGACACAAAAUGACCUCAAAGAGAUGCAAAGAAACUGCAAAGAGACACAACACAACUACAAAAAUGCAGGAUUUACCAUUGUUAUAAAACAUAUCCUGAAUUUCUUUAAAUUUUGAACGAACAAUGUCUCAUUUAUAUUCUGAUUUUUGUUAUGUCAUGUCCAUUUUUUUUUUUUUUUUGUAGCGCUUCCUAUUGGUCGAUUUGAAUAAAACUUUCAGGGUGUGUUUCAGGUACUUAUGUGAACAGAUCCUGCAAGUCUCAUGAUAACUGUCCCAACAGUUAUUGACUUUGUUCUAUUCAUGUGCAGCGGUGUGGUAAUGUGGUGUCGUAACACCAGCCAAAAUGGACUUUGCAUAAACUGGCAACCAAAGCGUGCUUCUUUCAUCUGCCUUAUUGCUGAUAUAUAAUUGAUAAGAUAUUUAUUAGACAUUAAUUAAGUCGUAAUUGACCUAAAGUAGAGACACAAUUUGGAGUUAUCGCUACAUGCAUGCCAGUAUCAAGUCAAAAUAGCUGCUGACAGUGUCUCUGUUAUUUUGAUAUUAGGACGUGACCUCAGUAUGUUUCUAAAGUUAGCUACCGUGUUUUUCGAGUUGGUGACACUGAAUGUAAAAUUAUUCCAAAACACACCCAGAUAAAAGUCAGUUGGGGGUUUCCCUGUUACGGAUAAUGGCUCAAUGUGUGGUAUCAUAAUCUGCCACUGAACCUUACGUUUUACUCAACCAUGCACCACCUGCAGUUAGACACCGUUUUUUUAAGACUUCCUGAUGGCUGUCUCACUUCCUCAUUGAAAAUCUAAAUUUGAGUAGGGUCUCUCUUUCACGGACGUUUUAAUAAAUCUUCAGGUGCCUCGCUCUCAUUCGCAGUUAAUUCAUAAACCCUGAACCUAAUAUUGUGCCUUUGUAAAGUUGAAAUGUGGUGCAGCGACAGGGGAAAGUCCCCACUACAUCACACGUGGAUGUGAUUGAGGGAGUGAGAGACUUUGGGUUGUGUGGAAAAUGUGAUGAUGAAAAUGCAUCUGAGGGUUGUUGUGGUGUUGUGUGUGUCAUAUACUCAAAGAUAUAACCUGAACGUCAGCCUGCAGACUUUUUCAGAAUAUGGACUCACUCCUAUAUAUCCUCUAUCAUGGAUCAAACCUGCAUCUACAUCUUCUUGAUUGUGGCAGCUAACGAGCUUGUUUUUAAUAAGAAAGCUUUGUAAAUGUCUUGGCAAGAAAGUGAACUAUGUAUGGAAAUAUGGGAGGAAAAUGUUAGACAUUACAGGGAAUAAUAAUCUGUAAAUCUAUGCACCAUGUUAACUGUAAAGGCUGAUAACCGGGGAAGAAGUAUUCUGAUCCUUUGCUUAAGUAAGAAUACUAGAACUUCCCCUGUGUGCCAAGCGUUUAGGAGAACCACGAUAGUCGACACAAAAAUGUGAAUGACCCUAUCUAGAGCCAGUGUUUAGUUUGUCUGUUCUGGGCUACUGUGGAACAACAUGGCUGACUCCAUAGACGAUGACCAGGCAUACAGAUUUAUAACAAAACCCAGAUACAGGACGCCAAAAUGGCGCCUGUUCAUUGCAAUGGAUAUGGCAGGGUUGCCAACUUUUCAAAAAACCUUGGAGUGAGAACAAUUCAGCGAACAAUUUCGUUGUUUAAGCCGACACAUACAAUUUUUGUUUGUCAACUGAUUUGGUAGAUGCGAUCCUGAGCCCCCGCAUCCUAAUGGAUGUUUGGGGCGCCUGCUGAAGAUGGAUAGGGCCUUAAACCUUACAUACAAAUACCAUACAGAGAGACACAAUGGUGGUAUAGUGGGGGUCUGGGGGUCCUCCCCCAGAACAUUUUGGAUGUGGUAGAUGUGACUUCCUGCAUUCUGGUGGAUUUAGGGGUAGCUCUCCUAAUGCCUUUUGACAUAGCUGUGGAAAUUAAUCGCAAAGUCACUUUUAUGCUAUAGAUAUUUUUUCUCAGCCAGUUAUAUUCUCUUCUCACCUGUGAAGACCCUGCAUGAUCUUCCUUGCUGGCCUCUGGUCCACUGUCUCCUCCCUGACCCUGCUCUUUCAGUCAAGUGUCUCUCGGUUGACUUGAAAAGUCAUGUCCUCCCCAGCGUGUGAAACAGCCCGUAAUCAGCUGACUGUGAGGCUAGAGUUGCCCAAUCAAAGCGCAAAUAUGGACCAAUCAGAGAGUAGUUUUCCACAGAAACAUUUGGCUGCACUCCAUUUCACUCAACCGGUACGCCGGUCAGGCGGAGUCUGCCCCUUUCCUCUCCUCUCUACUCUCUGAAGUCUGGCUGCAAACUUCAACUUGAAAUUAAUUUAAAAUACUCAGCUGCCAGCCUUUUUUUUCCAGCGUUCGUCGCUGGCAUGAGAAUUGGUUGGGCAGAGUGAGACCAUGAGAUGGAAGGUGAACGCGUGAGAGUUGGCAACCCUGGGAUAUGGAGCCUUGCAGUCAAUUUUUACCAGUGGCCAGAUGGCCCACAAAGCACUUUCCCCAUAGACUGUGAUUAUAAAAGAGAUGUCUGUAAAACUGUUGACAGGAUACCUCAAACUGCAAACAAGGUCAGUUAUGACUCUGAAUUUUUGAUCCAUGGAGGUUUUAUAUUUGGAAGUACUUUAAAAAUCUGACAUCAUCUUAAUGUGAAGUCUACAACCUUGUAGGUGGAGCCAGCAGGAAAAACACUACUGCACAUUUUAGUGGGCUGCAUACCACAGAAGCUAGAGAACUGACCAUGGCGUUAGUUCAGGCAGGACACGAUGUCAAGCUCAGCUCACAUCCCAGCUACAUCAGCUGAUCUCAAACAGCCCAGUCAACUGAUGGAGCAGCUGAUUGAUGGAGGGAGUCAGCUAAUAGAUCACAUGAUUCCUUUCUAUGCAACCAAUUGGCAAACCUCAUUCAGGGUGUCUUAUUUAAACUGCUCUGGCCUGCCUACUGUUGCUGCUUCCUCUGCAAGCUGCUUUGCAACCUGCCUCCACCCCAGCUCCUCCUUUUCAUGCUUUCAUUUCUGUUUGUCACUGAUGCUGCUCUGUUCUGUUCCCGGGGGGUCUUUGCUGCUGCUCUCCCUGCUUUAAGCUUUUCAUGUAGGCGCAUGGAAGGGCAGGGAGGUUAGCUCUCUGUGCCUCGGGCUUACCUCACAUGCGCAUGGAAGGGCAGAGGUUAGCUCUCUCUGCCUCAGGCUUACCUCAUAUGCGCAUGGAAAGGCAGAGGUUAGCUCUCUCCACCUUAGGCUCUCUGUGUGGGCUUGAGGAAAGGCAAAGAGGCCCCAGGACAGAGCCACACUGCCAAGUAUAAUACUGUUAAUGGAAAUAAAGUUUUCCUUGACUAAA